GAGACUUCUAAACGGGUUAAGUGUCACAACAUGGCUUAAUAACGGUUAAAGAUUAGGUAUAAAUACAAUUUACAAUAAUGCCGACAGAAAUAUGAGGCACCUACAUUAUCUGUAAGCUGUUAGGGGAGUGUAAGCAAAGAGGGAAGUAGUCAAACGUAACUCCCAGAAUCUUUUUAAUUUUUGUUCUGCCGUUGGCAAACGACCUAGCCGGCCGACACUACGUCACUUCCUCAAGUUAUUUCCAGUUGUUUGUGGCAAAAGCCAGCAGUUAUCUAGUACAAAUAACGUUACUAUUUUAACUUACAAUAUGUCAGAGUGGAAACAGCAUUACCUAUAUUUUAUGUAAACUGCUGUACCCUGAAAUUAUGCAAGACAUGCAGUAGCUAAUGUGUUAGCGUGAGCAAAGACAGGAAAGCGUGCGUUCGCGAGCAGAAGUAGUUGGUCGGCUAACGUUAGCUAGCUAGUAUAGGUUAAUUGGCUAGCUAUUGUUAGCUGCCUUGUUCCUGGUACCGUUGGUAUUGUUGUGCCGGCUAACGGUAGGUUAGCCUCACAAUUGUGAACUGAUGGAGUGCCCUCAUCUGAACUCAAACGUUAGCUGUCCCAUCGAUACUUCCAGGUUCCCCAACGGCACUCCGUCCUCCUGGUGUUGCAAUGUUUGCAGGUCUAAUAAGAGUCCUUGGAUUUGCCUUACCUGUCUGAUGGUUCAUUGUGGAAGAUAUGUCAAUGGACAUGCGAAGAAACACUUUGAAGAGAGCCAAGUCAUUGGCAUUAGUCAAAAGAAGGGCGAGAAACAGGAGAAAGAAAAAUCCCAUCAUUCUGUCUGCAUGGACUGCAGCAACUACAGCGUAUUUUGUUACAGAUGUGAUGACUUUGUUGUCAAUGACACCAAACUCGGGCAGGUGCAGAAGGUCAGGGAACAUCUGCAGAGUUUGGAAAACUCAGCACUGAUGGGUGACAGACAGAGGAAAAGAAAACUUCAGGAAAGCCCAGCUCCAGACAGCAAGUUGUUGAAAGACAAUGACGGGGUGGCUUUAGGUGCUACAGGCCUGCGGAACUUAGGCAACACAUGCUUCAUGAAUGCCAUUCUGCAGUCCCUCAGCAACAUCAAGCAGUUCAGCUGUUAUUUCAAGGAGUUGCCUGCAGUGGCUCUACGCAGCGGUAAGACGGCAGGAAGAAGGAUGUACCACACCCGAAGCCAAGGGGACAACAGUGUGUCUUUGGUGGAGGAGUUCAGGAAAACCCUUUGUUCCCUGUGGCAAGGAAGCCAGACAGCCUUCAGUCCAGACUCCUUAUUUUAUGCUAUAUGGAAAAUCAUGCCAAGUUUCAGGGGCUAUCAGCAGCAGGAUGCACACGAGUUCAUGCGUUACCUGCUGGACCACCUCCACAGGGAGCUCCAGUACAGUCGUAACGGGGCGUCUCACCCAGUCUCACCUCAGGAUGGGGUCCGGCUCUCCACCGCAGAGGGCAAAUGCUGCAUAAACGGGACUGCCAGUGUUGUCACAUCUAAUUUUGGUGGCAUACUUCAGAAUGAGGUCAACUGCCUGAUAUGUGGAACAGAAUCUCGGAAGUUUGAUCCAUUUCUUGAUCUGUCUUUAGACAUCCCCAGCCAGUUCAGGCAAAAGAGAAGUAAGGACCAGGAGCCAGGGCCGACCUGCACCUUACGUGACUGCGUACGUAGCUUCACUGACCUGGAAGAACUUGAUGAAACGGAGCUGUACUAUUGCCAUAAGUGUAAAAAGAGACAGAAAUCCACUAAGAAGUUCUGGAUUCAGAAGCUGCCAAAGGUUUUGUGUCUGCACCUAAAAAGGUUCCACUGGACGGCCUUCUUGAGAAACAAGGUGGAUACCUAUGUGGAGUUUCCACUGAAAGGCCUGGACAUGAGGGGCUACUUACUUGAGCCAGAGAAUUCAUUACCAGAAAGCUGCCUGUAUGACCUUGUUGAUGUCGUAGUGCAUCAUGGAUCUGGGGUUGGAUCAGGGCAUUAUACAGCAUAUGGCAGACACGAGGGCCGAUGGUACCACUUUAACGACAGCACAGUGACUCUGACCAAUGAGGACACAGUGAGGAAGGCGAAGGCCUACAUCCUCUUCUACGUGGAGAAGACUGAACAGGUGGCGUCAGACAAGACGGCCACCAACAAGCCUGCUGUGGAGACAGCAGUCAUGGGGAGCGGUCCUUCAGAAGCAGUUGCUCAGGACAAGGUUGCAGCAGACAUGGUUUUAGUGGAUGUGCCAGCUUCACACAUGAAAACAGAGGACGUGGCGGCCACAGAUAGUGCUGCAUUGGAAAAUGUGGAUGAAGACAUGGCUGAACUGGGUUCAAUGGAGGCUGUGAUAGAUAGGGAUACCUCAGACAAGGCUGCUACAGAGGAGACCAGUCAAGCUAUACAGGCCGUUGCACAAUGAUUCUGUCAGACCGCCUCAGACCAGCUCCUCACUCCCUUUUGACUUCACCUCAAUCACACUUCUCACAGUUCUUGAUUUUAAAUAGUUAAUUUUUACAUUUAAUGUAUGUGCAACUUUUUUUUUUAUGAACUGCAUGACAGCAACAUGUAUAGUUUGCUGCUUGCGUUCGUUUAGUAUGACUUUCUGUGUUGAUUUCCUUGAUGACGUAUUCCUCAGUGGAGGUAGACUUCACUGUGUAAUAGAUUCCAAAGGUGAUUGUAUGAAAUAAUGAAGUAAAGCUGUAGCCUUGAAAAACCUCAGUUGGUCCAAUGUUUAGCCUAGACUGAAGAGAUUGGUUGUGUCAAGACACUGUCAUUGUUAACAAUAUUUGGAGUUUUUAUUAUUUUUAAAGUUUCUAAUUUUGCCAUUUCCACCUUUUUGAGAACCUCGUAGUUCUGUUUUUCCGUUAUUAGGAGAGAUGUUAGGAUAUAGAAUGCAAUGAAUUUAUUGACUGACACAUUAGGGCUUUAGAAAGUUGUUUUAACUUCUUGACCAGAACCAAUGUGAAAGAAAUGAUCAUUCUCCAAUUGUUUUGUUUGUCUGUAUUGACUCCGGAGUAUAAUUGAACAUUUUCUGUCAACCGAAAUGAGCUCAGAAACGGGCCCUGAUUAAAUUCUCUUUUAUAACAUGUAUCAGACAAUGAACAAAUACAUUGGACAAUCUUUUUCAAA